CAUUCACAGAUCCCUCCGCGACCUCUCGCAGCGACAGACCACACUUCUUUACGGAAAGAUGGCUGCCGAACGAGUGUUUACAUUCCUGCUUCUCGUGAUGUUCGCUAUUCAGUUGGUGGCGGCUGGGGUGGUGCGCCCAAGUGAGGCGCCCGCCCAGAGCACGAACGCCUUGGACGACUUCAUGGAGUCGUUGAUCUCCCUGAGCGCCAGACGGCGCAACGACACGGAUCCGAGUGGCGGGAACGUGCUCCAGCGCGUCCAAUCUAUAACCAAUAAGAUGACGGCGCUGGCGGCGACGACGCGUUGCCACAACUCGACGGAAGACUGCGACGUCUUGGACGAAACGCAACGGCUGGUGGCGUCGUGGGUGCGCAGCCACUUGUCCAACGCGUCCACGGGCCACCAAGUGGCCGGGCAGCGGGACGCCAUACGGGAGAACAUGCGCAGGCUGCAACAGCGGCUCAACGAGUCUCUGGCUCGGGCCGAGGAGUUCCCGCAGACCAUAGUCAGCCUCGACACGCGCUGACCGCGUGCUGCUCUGGGCCCCCCGCGCGCGUUCCCGGGUCCUGCGAGUGGGGUGGGCAGAGAGUUUUAUUUUCUUUGGGUUGGGUUUACACGAAAUUUGAGGGCGGGGGUACUAAAGGAAUUUCUACAACCACAGGAUACGUAUUAUAAAGUAGCGCAUCUCCGUGUUUAAUGUGUCAUAUGACCGAGUCUUAUGACGACGUGUUGGUCAGCGACUCUAGUGAUCCGCGCGGCGAUCAAGGUAUUCUAUGCCGCCUUACCAAUUGUAACACAACAUUCUUCUAAAUCUAACCAAAAAGUGAAUGGCUUUGAAUAUAUUUGAAUCUCUUUAUCCAUACAAUAAAUUAGCAUGUGAAGUAGAAGUUUUGAACAAUUUCUAAGGAAAGAAAUGAUUUAAAUCUAAUGAAUUAUAUCCAUUGACCGUGAAAAUUGGAAUCAUUAGGAAUAACAAGUAUUUCUAUACAUUUCAUGAAAAUAUAUAGAAAUA